GGAGUGAUGACCAUUUAUCAUGGGGAACUUUUGAGCUUGGCCCACCCAUUGAUUAUGUUGGUUGUAAGUUGUCUUCAUUUGGUGUGCAUGAAGAAAAAAGUUUCGGUGGCAGAAAUAAUUAGUAUGCUGCGUGGGUUAGGAUAUGAAAAUGUUUUUGCCAAUUCCAUCCAUUACAAGUCCCCUCUUCUUAAAUUAGAUGAAUUGAAGUCACUUGCCCAUCCGGGUUGCAUUGAUGACAUUGUUAGUAUUAUUUGGAAAACUUGUGAAGUAGAGUUAUAUAUUGACCAUGACAGUGGGGGUCAUAAUUUUGUUGAUAAGUUAGUUGGUGAUGUGCAUGGAUUUGGUAAAGGUAUUAAUGAGAUAAUAAAUGAAGAUGCAGGGGCCAUUACCCAAGAUGCCAAUGAAAUUCCUGCACCUAUAGAACACCAUUCUAAUUUUGCAACUCAUGCAUAUACUGAUGACUCUAUUAAUGACUGUACUAAUGAAGAAAAAGAAAAUGAGUCAAAGUUGGAAGAUGAUUUUGCUAGUCCUGUUGGAACUAAUAGAGAUGAUGAGGAAUGUGUUGUUGUUUUUAAUAAAGCUAAAUCAUUAUUAAUAAGUACAAGGGUUGUAAAUCUAGUUGAGCAUAAAGGUGAAAAGCAAAGAGUUAUUGAGGAGCAUGGAGAAGGUGAGAAGCAACAAGUGGGAACCGGAGCAACUUAUAAUCCUUCUAUUGAUGCAUUAACUUUUAAUCCCUCUACAGAAGCAGCAACUUCUAAUAUUUCUAAUGUUGAUAAGGAGAGGGCAAGGAAGGCAAGAGCAGCUGCUCUUAGUAGGAGGUACAAGACUCUUUAUAUUGCUAAGGUUGCUGUUAAGGGUCAAGCUACCUCUACUUUCACUGACCAUGUGUUGCAAUCUCAAUUACUUAUUGAUAAUCAUCAAUAUUUUGAUGAGGAAGAUAAAGACAAUGAAGGGAGAAAUAGUGAUGAUCCAAGCUGCUUGUACUUGGAUCCCUCUUCUGAAGAGGAAGAUGAAUUUCAUGUGGCAAUUGAUUUACCUCCAAUGGGACCAACUGACAUUUACUUCAAUCCAGAGUGAGAAGUUCCUUGGUUUGAAGUAGGAAUGAGAUUUACAAAUGCAAACCAGUUUAGGGAUGCCAUUAGAAAGUAUUCAAUUGUGAAAAGGUGUAAGCUAAAGCCUAUAAAAAAUGAGCCCAAUAAAUUGAGAUACCGUUGUCUAGGUGCAGGUUGUGAAUGGGAAAUUUUUGUAUCAAUGGACAAUAAAGCUAAUUGCAUUCG